AUGCCAUCCUUGACAGCCUCCCCAUCAACCGAGGGGUCAUCCUCCACCCCUACAGACAGCCAACUCGAUACCGCCACGAUUAUCUAUACGGUCUCCGGGGCAAUCUGGAUCCUUGUAGCUGGAAGCUAUAUGACGUUUUUGAUGGCGCUCAUGGAUGAAAGGUUGGACAGUACCGAGGAGACGGGUGUGGUGGUGGCACCGCGCACGAGAUUCACCGCCCGCAUUCUCUGGGCCGUGCUCAAAGGGCUACUUUGGCCUCUUGUUCUGCUGUGGAUACUGGUGGAAUCGACUGUGAUGGAUUGUUGCAUCCCCGUGUGCAAGUGGUGCGCCGGCGGGUGCAUGUAUGAUGGGAGAUGUUCCUCUAAAGAAAUCUCCAAAUAUGCGGCAAGAGACCGCAACCCUAUCCAAUGCAGGCUCUCGUUGGAGAAUCGUGCAGGUGGCCCCGACUGCUGCAAACAGCUGGAAAAAGCACAACUCGAGAGGCUCCUCAUCGACGUCAUCCUGACAAUCUCCAACUAUUUAUCCAUCCUCCCCGGUCGCAUUUCCUCAGCUGUCCGUCAUGAGCAUGCCAGACACUCGAUAAGAAGCAAGCCCAAAAUGCAUACAACGCCCCUCACGACAAUGGCGAUGCAGUACCAAGCUGCAUUGCAGAUAUUGCAAAAGACGGCCAACGAUAUGUCCAAACGCAGAACAAGAACGGAAGAGCUCGUUCCACUCGAAGACUCGGUCGGGCGGACAGCGGCCAAGGACAUUCUGAGCCCGGACUCAACACCGCCCUUCGAUACGGCCGCCGCCGACGGAUUUGCGUUGGUAUCCUCAGCCACCAUCAACGCAUCGCCCAUGAACCCGGUCUACUUUCGCGUGGCAGGAACCAUCACGGCAGGCGAGGAACCACCACUAAUGCCGCCCUGUAGGGGACCCGAUGGUGUUCCCCAAUGCUACGAAAUCAUGGUCGGCGCCAGAUUUCCCGACACGGCCACCGAACACUUGAUACAUAUGGACGCAUGCGUCUGGGCAACAGACGUCCAGGAAGUGUCGGUAUCAGAAGUACCAAAGGCCGAUCCUCAGUUGGGCAACAGGUUCAUCAAGAUUACCAAGCCGGUUACGUACAAUGCCAACCGCCGGAGGGCCGGAGAAGAUAUUAGCAAGGGAGACAGACUGAUAAGAGCGGGGAUGAAGAUACGGUCCAGCCAUUUGUUGCCGCUCGCGUCGGUCGGGAUCAAGGAGGUCGCUGUUGAGCCGCUGAUUCGGGUUGGGGUGUGGUCAACUGGCAGAGAAAUUGUGCGGAGCGAUGUCGACGGACCGACUGCAACCCAGAGGACGGGCACGCGGUACACAUACGAUGCUGAUGGGCCUUAUCUGAUGGCAGCUUUGAAGGAAUUCGGAGCAGAGCCGCACUUUCUGGGCUUGCUGCCCGGCGACGAUCCGGCGGUGCUGGAGAAGGCACUCGGCGAGACGAUGGCGACGGACAAGUUCGAUGUUCUGGUCACGACAGGGGCAGCCACGCCAGGCAGGUCGGGCUUUGUCAGAUCCGUGAUCGAGAAGCUGGGGGGACAAGUGCACUUCCACGGGGUGGCGAUGCGACCGGGAGGCACAGCCAUGUUUGCGUCGCUCGAGUCGACCGCACCCAACAAUGGACUUGUAUCCUUCUUUGGGCUUCCGGGAGACCCUUGUGCGAUGGCGGCGUGUUUUAGGUUCUUGAUCAUACCGUACCUCCAGUUUGUCCGAGGCGAGAAGGCGGACGAGCCGCUUAUGGCGACGCUGGAACUGCGCUGUUCGACAAGGCAGGAAUCGGAACCGAAUAUGGACGCAGGAGCACCAGUCGAGGCAUCCAUGGGUAACAACUGUGGACCGCUCUGUAUGGACUGCUUCCGACACGGACGGGUGACGGCGAGCGAAGAUGGGCGACGCAAGGUGGUUCGCAUGACCAAGGACCAAGGCCCGGGCAAGGUGUAUCCGUUUACCGAAGCCAACUGCUGGAUCCAUCUGCCGCAUGGCCAGGAGAUUGUGCAGGGGGCAAUGGUGCCAUGUCUAUCGCUGUCGGCGUGUCGGGACGAGAAAUGGCAAUAG